AAAUACCUCAAAGAAUAUGUGUUUAUUAUUACAAAUUGUGAAACAAUAAUUAUUAGAAAUAUAAUUUUAAUAAAAAAUUGAAUCAUCAAAAACAUCAGCGGCCAUUUGCUUUUGUCUGGUUGGACAUUGUCUUUUAGGCGUUUAUUUUCAUAUUUCUGUUUUUUAAUUUGUAUUUGAAAAAGUUUACAAAUAUUGGUCAUAAAAAUUAUUACAUUUUAAUUUCACCUUCGUGUUAACAUUCAUCUUAAAUAAUAUUAUUGGAGAUUCUCCAAAACAUAUAUAUUCUAAACAGUCUAAACAGACAUAAAGAUCACAAUGAGUGUGAUCAUUCGGUUACAAAAUUUACCUUGGUCAGCAAAUGCACUUGACAUUCGUCAAUAUUUUCGUGGACUCAGCAUUCCUGAAGGAGGUGUUCAUAUUGUCGGUGGCGAAUUAGGAGAUGCUUUCAUUGCUUUCAGUACCGAUGAAGAUGCUCGGCAAGCAUUUAAUAUGAAUGGCGGCAAAAUUAAAGAAGUGCAGAUAAAACUUUUGCUAAGCUCUCGUACUGAAAUGCAAAAAGUAAUUGAGGCUGCACGCAAUCCAACACCGUUCAUGCAAGUAGUAGCUCCUCAACCAUUAACCUUACCAGCUCAAGUUGCAUCAGUUCUUACAAAUUUAGUAGAAUCAAAAACUGACUCAAAGAAUUCAUUGACUCGUGACGAUAAAAGCACUGAAAAGAAAAGCAGACGAAGUCGGUCACGUUCACGUGAACGUCGUGAUCGCCGAGAUCGAUCAAGAGAUCGUUCACGUGAUCGCAAAGAUCGUAGACGACGUGAUAGAAGCCGAUCGCGUGAUCGCCGUGAUCGUCAUAGACGGGAUCGUAGUCGAUCACGUAAUCGUAGCCGCACAAAUGAUAGAAGUCGUUCCAGAGAUCGUGAUCCAUGGCGUGGCCGUGACAAAAAGAAGGAACCAAGUGAAGAUAAACUAAAUGGCGGUGAUGUAUCAUCCACUAGUACUACAAAUACUGAUAUUAUUGAAUGUACUGGUCCAAUUCCAGCACCUGCCACAAGUCAAAGUGUUUGGGAUGUGCCGCAAUUGAUGAGUGGGAAAAGUAAUUUAAAUAAUCCAGCGCGUAAUAAUUUACCAAGUCUUAUGAAUUCUUUUGAUCAAAAUCGACGAUCUGCUUCAAUUCUUCCAAUGGCUGGACCUAUAGAUGUUGACAAACAUGUACCGGGUGAUUUUAGAAAUAGAGAUAGUUGGCCUCCAACUAAUCAAUCGUUUAACGAUAUACGAUUCCAAAAUCAAGGAAUGAAUCAACAAGGCAUGAACUUUAGAGAUUCUGAUAGAUCGUCAUUUAAUAAUCGUGGUAAAAAUUUCGAUUCCUUUGGAAGUGACAAUCGUUUUGGCAAUAUGUCAGGAAAUAAUAGUAUGUCUAGACCUUUAUUAAAUAGACCGAUUAACUUAACCGGUGCACCUUUUAGCCCGUAUGAUAGUUGUUCUAUGGAUUCGAAUAGUAGCAUGGGUCAAAACGAACGUAGUAACGAUAGUUAUCAUCGUGAUUCAAAGCCAAAAAUACCUCGAUCUGGUUGCUGUGUUAAGAUGCAUCUUGGUCGUGGUGGUUAUGGUGAUGUAAGAAGAUUCUUCCAAGGCCUAUUUAUUGCAAAUGAUGGUGUAAAAUUAGUAAACGAUGAAGAUGGACGUCGAACUGGUAUCGCUUACGUGCGAUUUGUACAACCAGAAGGUAAACGAGAAGCUUUACAACGUUCCGGCACCUCAUAUCGAGGUAAUUCUGUUGAAAUAACACAUUGUGAUGAUUCAGAAUUUGAUAAUGCAAUAGAUUCGUAUGUUCCACCACAAAAUCGAGAAAUUAUUAAAGAUGAUAGACCUUUGGAUAGAGCUAGUAUUUAUGGUGAAAAUAUAAUACGAAAUGUUGACGAUAAAUUAUCGUGUAUUGCUGUUUUAAAUUUACCGCCAUAUACUAAAGAACAUGAUAUUAUAACAAUGGUAGGUGAUUUCCAAGUAGUUUCCGUUUUAAUGGUAAUGAACAAAGAUUCACAACAAUUAGCAUAUUUACAAUUUACAAAGUCAGAUGAUGCAUUAAGAUUUUAUAAUAUGAAAGAUAAACAUUACAUCAAUGGUAAAAGUAUAACAAUACAAUUAGUCUCAGAAAAUAUAUUCUUCGAGGUUAAACGACAACAUAAUAGUGGAAGUGGCAUUGUUGAUAUUCCAGAUGAAGCAUCAUUAGCUAGCAAAGGAACUUCAUCAAAUGAUAGUCCUGUUUCGGAUUGUGUUGUAUUGAAAGGACUACCCCAAAAAACGUGUGAUCGUGAUAUCAUAGACUUUUUCUCUGACAUUGGUUUAAUACCUAGUCGUAUACAUGUUCCAUUUGGUAAAAGUAGUAAGCAGAGUUUUUGUUAUUGUGAAUUUUCUGAACCCAGUCAAGCUUUACAAGCACUUACUAAAAAUGGCACACAACUUGGCAUGUCUGAAGUUAUUGUUGAACUAAUACCUAGAAGAGAAAUGGAACAAUUAAUUGGGAUUACACCAUCACCAGAGAAUCGGUUCAAUAAUUCUUCCAACGGACAUAAUAAUCAAAUAAGUAAUAGAAACAUAAAUGGUCCACGUCGUCCUCUAUUAAGUGGACCACCAUCACAACGGCAACAACAGACAGCCUCACCUCAAUACGUACCUGAAGCAUUUAGAAAUCCUGGAUGUGUGUUAUCACUUGAAAAUGUACCAUUUAGAGCGGGCGUUAGUGAAAUCUUAGAUUUCUUCCGUGAUUUUCAUAUACCUGAAGAAAAUGUUAUGCGACGAUUUAAUGAUCGUGGUCAUCCAACAGGUGAUGCACGUGUUGCAUUCAGUAGUCCAUUAGAAGCACAACGAGCAUUCUCUGAAUUACGACAUUGUAAGAUUCGAGAUAGAACUAUUUUUAUGCAUUUACAAUAGGAAGCACUACCGGCCAUUAUGAUGGCCUAUAUACAGGAAAAAUUGAAUAAUGAUUUAACGUCGAAACAAAAUAAACGAAGACGUUAAAAAAACUUAUUUUCUGAGGUAAUUGAAUAUAAAAAAUGUGUAAUAUUUUUAAUUUCGGUGCUCAUAUGAUCUUUGAUUAAUAGAUCUCUAGAAAUUCUUGUGUGUCUUCAUUUUAUUUAAACCAGCAAUUAUUUUUUCCUAAAAAAUUAUUUAAGAAAUUUUUAGCCUAUCAAUAAAUUGAUUUAUCGCAGAGAAAAAAUUGUUCGACUAUGCGUAAUUAAGCAACACCAGAAUUUCUUCCAGAUGCAUUUAUUAAAGACAGCAUAUACCGACGAACAUCCAGAUUAUUAGUAGAGAAGCCGGUGACAGUUUUUAAAUCAUCAUUUGACCAUGGUUAAGAACACAUUUUAUCGAUGGUAUUGACUCAAUACAUGAGUAAGCUAUUGGUCUUCCAAGUCGUAUACAUUGCAGGGCCCGAAACGUCCCAAAAAAAAUUUUAGUUAUACAAUUUGAUCAAAGACGUAACUGUUUAUAGAAUAUUGUAUUUACCAAUAAAACAUUUUUAAUGUUCAAA